AUGGGUUCUAAUACAAAUAUUUGUGGAAUAUGUGCACUUCGACAGAUUACGGCAACAUCUAAACACUGGUGUCCACAAUGUGAAGAAGCUCUUUGUAGUGAGUGCAAAGAUCAUCAUAAAUUACUUGAAGCCACCCGAAGACAUGAACCCAUACCAAUUUCAAGUUACAAAUCUCUUCCAACAUCCAUAAACGACAUAAACCAAUCAUGUGUCUAUCACAAUGAAGAAUAUCAAAUAUAUUGUAAUGAACAUGCAAUACCUCUCUGUCUUCAAUGUAUCAAUGAUCAUAGUAAGUGCGACGUCGUUUCUCUUGAAAAGGUCAUCAGCAACAUCAAGACCUCUGGGCAAUUUCUAGAUUUAGAAUCAAGACUUGGCGAUCUAUUACAAAACAUUGAAAGAAUAAAGAAAAACCGAGAGACUAAUGUAACUGACAUUGAAAAAAUGAGAGAACAAUAUGUUAAAGAAAUAAAGCAAAUAAGAGUUGAAAUAAACAAUCAUUUAGAUAACCUUGAGAAACAAAUUCUUAAAGAACUUGAAGAGAAGGAGUGUCAAUAUAAAGAGAGUAUUCAGAAAGUUUUGAUGUCGGUGAAAGAAAGAGGAUCUAUAAUAACUGAAUGUCAGUUGAAUUUCAAAAGCAUCAAAGAAUAUGCAUCCGAUCUUCAAACAUAUAUUGGAAUGAGAGACCUUGAGGUUACAGUUUAUGAAAAUGAAAAAUAUUUACAGUCGAUGAUAGAAGCGAAAGGUUUCGAGCAUCUUGACUUAGUGUACAAGGUUGACACAAUUGUUCAAAGUCUUUUGAACAAUGUUAAGAGUUUUGGGUCAUUUGAAAUAAAAAAUCGCAUAAGUGAUAUUGCGUUGACAAGAGCAAAAGAUCAGCAAGCACAAAUACAAGUAGCAGCGACGAGGAACACCGUACACGAUGUUAAAUUAGUUCUGCAAAAGAAAAUAACAACUAAUGGUAUGGCAGUAAGGGGUUGCUGUGUGUCAAGAGAAGGAGACUUUUUGUUCGCUGAUCAUGCCUCACAUUCUCUGUUCGUAAUAAAAUUAGAUGGAACCCUAAAAUAUAAGAUGUCGGUUGAUCCUAGUUUUGGGUUUGAUACAACAUUUAUCGAUGAUAACAAUGUUGCUGUUACAUCUGGAGAUUCAACAAAUAAGACCGGUAUUGACAUUAUAAACAUUAUGAACCGAAAAAAAAAUAAAGUUUAUUAA